AUGAACUUUCUCUCUGGGAUCUGGUGGUCUCUUCUCCUGGUCUUGGUCUGGGCGACCCCACCAAUCACCUCCUCAUGGUGGUACAUGGGGGCCGUGGGCUCGUCGCGGGUGAUGUGCGACAACGUGCCGGGCCUGGUGAGCCGGCAGCGGCAGCUGUGCCGCCGGCACCCCGAGGCCAUGCUCUCCAUCGGCCGCGGCGUGGCCGCCUGGACGGCCGAGUGCCAGCACCAGUUCCGCCGGCACCGCUGGGACUGCAACGCCCUGGAGCGGGGGCAGCGCCUGCUGGGCCGCGUCCUGCUGCGCAGUAGUCGGGAAUCUGCUUUUGUACAUGCCAUCUCCUCUGCUGGAGUUGUUUUUGCCAUCACCAGGGCAUGUAGCCAAGGGGAGCUGAAAUCCUGCUCCUGUGAUCCCAAGAAGAAAGGCUCUGCCAAGGACAGCAAGGGCCAUUUUGACUGGGGUGGCUGCAGCGAUAACAUCGACUAUGGCGUUAAAUUUGCCAGAGCCUUUGUGGAUGCCAAAGAACGGAGAGGAAAGGAUGCCAGGGCACUGAUGAACCUGCACAACAACAGAGCUGGAAGGAAGGCCGUGAAGCGGUUUUUGAAACAGGAGUGCAAAUGUCACGGUGUGAGCGGAUCAUGCACUUUAAGGACCUGUUGGCUGGCCAUGGCAGACUUUAGGAAAACAGGAGAUUAUCUGUGGAAGAAAUACAAUGGCGCGAUUCAGGUGGUCAUGAAUCAAGAUGGCACGGGUUUCACCGUGGCUAAUAAGAGAUUUAAGAAGCCAACUAAGAAUGACCUCGUAUACUUUGAAAGCUCUCCAGACUACUGUAUCAGGGACAGGGAUGUAGGGUCCCUGGGGACAGCUGGUCGGGUUUGUAACCAGACCUCCCGUGGCAUGGACAGCUGUGAGGUGAUGUGCUGCGGGAGAGGCUACGACACCUCCCGCGUCAGCAGGAUGACGAAGUGCGAGUGCAAGUUCCACUGGUGUUGUGCUGUGCGCUGCCAGGACUGCCUGGAAGUGGUGGAUAUUCACACCUGCAAAGCCCCAAAGAGCACUGGCUGGAUCUCCCGGACAUGAUGCACCAGGCUACUGAUGCUUGAG